ACUGCGGCUGGUGUGGGACGGGCGCACAGCAACCGUGCUCCGGACUGUAAACACCACAGAUGGAGAAAUGACUUCUGCACACAGUUCUGUCCAAUUGAAGCAAGGCAGCUGAUUGAUUGUCAAAAUAUCGUAUGACUGGUGCGGAUAGGAACCUGGAUAUUGUGGAUUUAAGGUCCCCGCAGCAAACGAGUAAGGGGCAGUUCACACCGAAUGCGUUGUUGCUUCUGUCCGCGCUGAUUUUCAAUUGUUUUUCUAUGUAAAGACGCGCUAGACGGACGUCUUUGACCGUAGCCCCGCGUCUCGCUAUUUUCCCUGUGUCUCGCGUAGGAGCGAGACGCCGCGUCAAGUUAAAACGAACUUUAACUCGAGACAUUCGCAUUCGGACUGAACGGCCCCUUGUGUUGUCAGUAACACGGGUGUCAGUGAGAGAGUUUGGGUUCGAGUUAGCUGGCUGAUACCCUAGCCUCAUAAGGAGCAACUUGUUGGCGUCAUGGCUCUGCGCGCGAGAGCUUUGUAUGACUUUAAUUCGGAAAACCCGGGGGAGAUAACGGUGAAAGAGAAUGAGAUAGUAACUCUGUACAGCGAGCAGGACAUUGAGGGUUGGUUGGAGGGAACGAACAGCAGAGGACAGAGGGGGCUCUUACCUGCGUCCUACGUUGAGGUCUUGAGGAAUGACUGCGUCUCCUCUUUUAACAACAACAGCUCUCGAUGUGCCAGUAUUCCCACUGGUGGCUUUGACUCCUCUUGCAAAGUUCAGAAUCAAGAGCCCUACAACAACGCGCCAGCAUCCAGCUUCACGGACUACCCUGGUCUACCUCAACAACAGCCUGGUACCCCAGCCAGUGAUGAUGAUUGGGAUGAUGACUGGGACGAUAACUCAUCCGUAGCAGACGAGCCAGGUGUUGUUGGUGGAGAUUACAGGAAUUAUGAAGGAACUGGCCCCUCUACCUACAGUAUCUCCACAUCCUCUAUGCCUAGAGGUGCACAGCAAGCCAAGAGCUCAGCCACAGUCAGCAGAAAUCUGAACAGGUUCUCAACUUUUGUAAAGUCAGGAGGGGAGGCUUUCGUGCUGGGCGAAGCGUCUGGCUUUGUGAAGGAUGGGGAUAAAAUCUGUGUUGUGAUGGGUCAGUAUGGCCCAGAAUGGCAGGAAAACCCAUACCCAUUCAAUUGCACUAUUGAUGAUCCAACUAAGCAGACUAAAUUCAAAGGCAUGAAAAGUUACAUUUCCUACAAACUGACUCCUACCCACACGCAGAGCCAAGUCAACAGAAGAUAUAAGCAUUUCGAUUGGCUCUAUGCUCGAUUAGUGGAGAAAUUUCCUGUCAUCUCAGUGCCACACAUCCCAGAAAAACAAGCCACUGGGCGUUUCGAAGAAGAUUUUAUUUCGAAGAGGAGAAGAGGGCUGAUAUGGUGGAUGAACCAUAUGACCAGCCACCCUGUGCUUGCCAAGUGUGAUGUCUUCCAGCACUUCCUCACCUGCCCCAGCACGGAUGAAAAGAUUUGGAAGCAAGGGAAGAGGAAAGCCGAGAAAGACGAGAUGGUCGGUGCCAAUUUUUUCCUCACCAUCAGUACUCCUGCAGCCCCUCUUGACCUACAAGACGUUGAAAGCAGAAUUGAUGGAUUCAAGGCCUUCACCAAGAAAAUGGAUGACAGUGUGAUCCAAGUGAACGCCACGCUCAGUGAGUUUGCAAGGAAACAGAUAGCCGGGUUCAAGAAAGAAUAUCAGAGAGUGGGACAGUCUUUUAAGUAUCUAAGUCAAGCAUUUGAGCUGGACCAGCAACCAUACUCGGUUGGUUUGAACCAAGCAAUUGCAUACACGGGGGUAGCCUUUGAAGUUAUUGGUGACUACUUUGUGGAGCAACCUAAACAAGACCUGGAUCCAGUGAUGGACCUACUAGCUCUGUACCAAGGACACCUUACUAACUACCCUGAUAUCAUCCAUGUUCAGAAAGGUGCUCUAACAAAGGUAAAGGAGAGUCAAAAGCACGUAGAGGAAGGGAAGAUGGAGAGCCAGCAAGCAGACGGGAUUAGGGAACGCUGCAACAUCAUCUCCUUCGCCACACUGGCCGAGAUCCAGCACUUCCAUCAGAUUCGAGUGCGGGACUUUAAAGCCCAGAUGCAGCAUUGCCUACAACAGCAGAUCAGCUUCUUCCAGAAGAUCACUGGCAAGCUGGAGGAGGCAUUGCAGAAGUAUAACAAUGCAUAAAUGAACCACCUUUGGAUCAGACAGACAGAGAUACAUCUCGCUCAGCAGAGAGCCAGGCGAGGGAUUGCAGCCCCAAUCUAGCAAUAUGACAAAAGAACCAAACGGAGAACCCUCCUGUUUAAAAUUGGUGAAUUCUCUCCCCACACAGUGAAAUGAAUGUCAGUUAUAAGGGACUUUAUAUUGUUUGGGGGAAGUAUAUAGUGAGAUGGUUAUUAUGAACCUCUCCUGCGAUGGUUGGACUAGUUUUGACUGUAUUAUUCUCUGUGAAGCUAGUGAGUAGGAAAGUGACACGCAGAGAAGUCGGGAAUACUGGCAUUGUCCUAACAUCACAGAGAGCAUGUUAUGUCUAUUAUCCUGCUACUGUUGUAAUAUUUUAGACAGUGUUGCAUAGUCUUCCCAAUUGAAUGACUUAUUGAUAUGACUUGAGGAGCUUCUGUGACUCUUCACUGCCAUUUUUAAACAUUUGAGCCCAUCUUAGCCAACCUUAGACUAAAUGUUUACAGACCUCGCAGAGCCGUUGUCAUCUCUGUUGUGCCUUUUGAUCCCGUCUUGUUGGUAUUUUUAUAAUUUCUUAAAAAAUAAAUAUAUAUAAUUAUUAUUAGGAUUUGUUUUUACAAGGUUUGAUUUUAGUAUCUUAUUAAAAUAUCACAACUACUUAAAGUGGCACAGUUAACUUCAGGCUUGAGAUAAGCUUGAAGUGUAGGAGGAGCUGGAUACAGUGGCCUAAUUUGGUAUCCAGUCUGUUUUUUUCCAAUGAUAUUUUGGGUCAAAUGCAGAACACAAUGUGCAAAAAUGGCAGUCCCCACCAGAUUACCUGUCAUUACACUGAGACAGUUGAGGAAAAAAAUUUUGAUAUAAACAGAAAGCACAGGACACUCAGGAUUCAUUUACACUUUCCUGGGUGCUCAGAGAAUUUCGUUUAUUUUCUACUAAAGAUUUUUACUCAUCAUUUUGCAAGAAGAAUCUUAUCUAACUGUGCUAAAAUGUUAAAGACUUUCCCAAAUAAAUUGUUCACCUCACUGUA